AUGACGAUCCGUGCGGUACUUAUUUUUAACAAUUAUGGACGAACAAGAUUAACCAAGUUUUAUUCUCAUCUCCCUACAGACCGACAACAAGCUUUAAUCCAGCUGAUAUUCCAGAUCGUCAGUCGACGUGAUGAAACUUCCAUGUGCAAUUUUUUGGAUGCACCAGAACUUACUCCGUUUCUUCCCCCGACGACUGAGAAUGCAUGGACCAAAGUGAAGGACCCAACUUUACCGAAUCGUGAUGUAGAUGGGGAAAAUGCCAGCAUAAAUGAUGACGCCGAGCUAGACCCUUGGCUAGAUUAUAUGGACGAAAAAGCACCGAAACCUGAACAGAAUCUAGCUCGAAGGUGGCGACCAGACGAUGAACUUCGCGUGAUCUAUCGUCAUUAUGCAACGCUCUAUUUUGUUCUUGUGGUUGACCAGAGUGAAAAUGAAUUGGGGAUUUUGGACUUGAUUCAAGUACUGGUUGAAGCUUUAGACCAGUCAUUCGAGAAUGUUUGUGAAUUGGACUUGAUCUUCCACUUCGACGAAGUACAUGCGAUAGUGGAUCAAAUCGUACAAGGUGGCCUUGUCCUCGAAACCAAUCUCAGUCAGAUUGUCUCAGCCGCCCAAUCGGUUCAACAAGCGCGUGCAUCAUCAACCAACGCAGGCACACCUAGUACAGGUGCAUCGCCUUCGCACAGCGCAUCAUCAACGUACUUACCCAUGGCUUGGGGUCCUUUGUCUUUCAGCGCUUUGGCUGAACAGAGCUCUGACGCGCUAGGUGUAAUCCAACAGUUUGGCUCCCAGUAUUGGCAAGCCAUCCAAUCCAACUCUUCGCGCCCCUCACCGAUGCGUUCGCGGUUUCUGUAA